GUUGACACGAGAAAUUUGCCAUUUCCGCCUCAAACCGUCUCAGCAGAGUUUUGAUUUUCUUUGUUUCGUCGGUUUCGUCGUUUUAAUUAAGAUGGUUCGUGUUUACCUGCCGGAAAACGCAAAAACCGGAUCUGUAAGUGUGGAAGCGUCAAUGAAGGCUUUGCGUGAAAGGCGGCGAGGUGUUCCGCUCCGGAAGGUGGCCAAGAAAUAUGGCCUUUCCAAAUCCUCGCUCCAGUGGCUUGAGUCGAAACUCAAAAAAGACCCGAACUGCGUUCUACGGAAACGAGGUGGUCAACCGGCGCUUUCCGCGAACGGCGAACAGGAUGAACUGAACGACCUGGGCGAGCUGGGAGAACCGGGGCCGGAAGCUGAUUGUGCACUUAGCGAGGACGAGCAGGAUGAGUUGGGAGAAAAUGACGACGAGCUGGACAACGUGGACACGCUGAACGAACUGGAACCCGGAGUGGGAAGCUGGGUUCUCGUCAAAUUUGUGUACGGCAAACGGGAUUCACGCCACAUUGGAAAGAUCACCAGCAAAGCAGGUGGGGAUUACCUAGGAUCGUUCCUGCGCAAAUCUACAAAGAAAUCCGACAUUUUCGUGUUUCCGGAUGUUUCGGACGAGCGUGCCUUCGCGUCUCAAGAUGUAAUAAUAACCCUUAAGGAACCAAGCGUGCGUCGUGGCCGUUAUUCGUUCGAGCCAAACCCACUGAUUUAGAUUGUUGUUUCCACACAGGUUGAUAUUCUAUACAAGUAAUCAUAUCACAAUUUAAACUGAACUCAUUCCCCUAAUGAACAACAAAUAAACAAAUCAAAACCGAACUAAAAAAU